AUCUGUGUUGCCUGCAGAGUGGGAGAGACCCAAGCUUUCUAGCCAUUGUCUUGUCUGCUCAGAGAGCUCUGUGUAGAACUGCUCCUCCCCUUGAGGUUUAGCCAAAUGGAACCUUCUUUGUGACCUCUGAAUUCCUACUGCUGAGGAAAGAGGAAAAUGUUGGGUUAUGGAGAGCUCAUCAGGCCUGUACAGAAGACAGGAUUUCUGACUGUUCUCAGAGGGCAGACUUUUGUCUCUCCUCUGUACAUUAAUAAAGAUACUAUCCAGUAGUGAGCUUCCGUAUUGUCUCAGGCUCCACUGGAAAUGCAGCAAGGAUUCCUAGCACAUCCCAGUUGCCAUAGCAACAGCAGUCUUUCCCAUAAUGAGCUGCAUCAUCUGAACUGAUGUCACAGCAUCAUGCAGCAGGUCAAACAAGGCAUCUCCUAGUAUUGCAUCCUACAGAUGUGCUGUAAACAUCAAAAGGAGACGGUGGGAGCAGGAGAUGCUGUUUUGGAAAGAAGUAAGGUUUAGACUUCUCCAUGUUAACCAUGAGCGUGACACUUUCCCCGCUGAGGUCACAGGACCUGGAUCCCAUGGCUACUGAUGCUUCACCCAUGGCCAUCAACUUGACGCCCACUGUGGAGCAGGGUGAGGGAGAAGAGUCAUUGAAGGACAUGGAUUCUGACCAGCAGUAUGAAAAGCCACCCCCGCUGCAUACAGGGGCUGACUGGAAGAUUGUCCUCCACUUACCUGAAAUCGAGACCUGGCUCCGGAUGACCUCAGAGAGGGUCCGGGACCUAACCUAUUCAGUCCAGCAGGACUCAGACAGCAAGCAUGUGGAUGUGCAUCUAGUUCAACUAAAGGACAUUUGUGAAGAUAUUUCGGAUCAUGUGGAGCAAAUCCAUGCCCUCCUCGAAACAGAGUUCUCCCUGAAGCUGCUGUCCUACUCCGUCAACGUGAUUGUGGACAUCCACGCCGUGCAGCUCCUCUGGCACCAGCUCCGCGUGUCCGUGCUGGUUCUGCGGGAGCGAAUUCUGCAGGGCCUGCAGGACGCCAAUGGCAACUACACCAGGCAGACAGACAUUCUGCAAGCUUUCUCCGAAGAGACAAAUGAGGGCCGGCUUGAUUCUCUAACAGAAGUGGACGACUCAGGACAGUUAACUAUCAAAUGCUCUCAAAAUUACUUGUCUCUGGAUUGUGGUAUUACUGCUUUCGAACUGUCUGACUAUAGUCCAAGUGAGGAUUUGCUUGGUGGCCUAGGUGACAUGACCUCUAGCCAGGUCAAAACCAAACCCUUUGACUCUUGGAGCUACAGUGAGAUGGAAAAAGAGUUCCCUGAGCUCAUCCGAAGUGUUGGAUUACUCACGGUGGCAACUGACCCCGUCCCUUCCAACUGCAGCGAAGCAGUUAGUGAGGAGGCAUCUCAGGUAUCUCUUUCAGCAGAUGACAAAGGUGGAUGUGAAGAAAACAGUGCUUUGACAGUCGAGGAGCCACCGGGGUCAUCUUCAGGGGAAGCUCUGACAGAUGCUGAUCAACCCCCUCCUGAGACUGUGAAGCAAGAAUCCAGUUCCUCCUCCCAACUUGGGACAAAGAACCAACAGCCUCUGCCUUGUGAAAAUGCAACUCCCAAGCGAUCCAUUCGAGAUUGCUUUAAUUACAAUGAGGACUCUCCCACACAGCCCACGUUGCCCAAAAGAGGGCUUUUCCUUAAAGAGGAAACUUUUAAGAGUAAUCUGAAAAGCACUGAUGGAAAGAAGCAGAUGGCUGAUCUCAAGCCUGAGAUGAGCAGAAGCACCCCUUCUCUGGUGGAUCCUCCCGACAGAUCCAAGCUUUGUCUGGCGUUACAGUCUUCCUACCCCAACAGCCCUUCUGCUGCCAGCCAGUCGUAUGAGUGUUUGCACAAGGUGGGGGAGGGGAAUCUUGAAAACACCGUCAAAAGUCACAUCAAGGAAAUAUCCUCCAGUCUGGGAAGGCUCAGUGACUGCCAUAAAGAGAAACCUCGACCUAAAAAGCCACACAAGGCCCCAGGAGAGGGGCCUCUGUGCCCAACGCCUAAACGGGGAGUGGGUUCAGGCAAGCCAGCUGAAAGCAUGAGGAGCUCAGUAGUGCCGAAUGGAAUUCCUUCAGGUACUCCCAAGGCCAUAGAGGGGCCAGAAACAGAUUCCGUUUCCACAUCUUCCCUUGAGCCAUGUAAUCAGAGGAGUCAGGAUGCCAAACUGCCAGUACAGUCAGAAACAUCCAGCUCACCACCUUUUACUCAAAGUAGCGAAUCCUCUGUUGGCUCAGACAGCAUCGUGUCUCCAGUACCCCUUCUUUCAAAAAACAAAAGCAAAAAAAGUUACUCCUCCUCCCCAAGUCACGUCACCAGGAAUGGUCAGGUGGUAGAGGCCUGGUAUGGCUCCGAUGAAUACCUAGCCCUGCCCUCUCAUCUGAAGCAGACUGAGGUCUUAGCGUUGAAGUUGGAGAACCUGACAAAGCUUCUGCCUCAGAAACCCAGAGGAGAAACCAUCCAAAAUAUUGAUGACUGGGAACUGUCUGAAAUGAACUCAGAUUCUGAGAUCUAUCCAACAUACCAUGUCAAGAAGAAGCAUAUGAGGCUAGGCAGAGUGUCUCCGAGCUCGUCCAGUGACAUAGCCUCUUCCCUGGGGGAGAGCAUGGAGUCUGGGCCCCUGAGUGACAUUCUUUCUGAUGAGGAGUUGUGUAUGCCUCUCUCUGGGAUGAAAAAAUACAUCCAUGAGAAGUCAGAGAGAGCUUCAUCCUCUGAGAAAAAUGAGAGCCAUUCUGCCACAAAAUCUGCUUUAAUUCAGAAACUGAUGCAAGAUAUUCAACACCAAGACAACUAUGAAGCCAUAUGGGAGAAAAUAGAGGGGUUUGUAAACAAGCUGGAUGAAUUCAUUCAGUGGUUAAAUGAAGCCAUGGAAACCACUGAGAAUUGGACACCCCCUAAAGCAGAGACGGAUGGCCUUAAACUGUACCUGGAGACACACUUGAGUUUUAAGUUGAAUGUAGACAGUCAUUGUGCUCUCAAGGAAGCUGUGGAGGAGGAAGGACACCAACUUCUCGAGCUUAUUGCAUCUCACAAAGCAGAAGGGCUGAAGGACAUGCUGCGGAUGAUUGCAAGCCAGUGGAAGGAGCUGCAGAGGCAAAUCAAACGACAACACAGCUGGAUUCUCAGGGCUCUGGAUACCAUCAAAGCCGAGAUUCUGGCUACUGAUGUGUCUGUGGAGGGCGAGGAAGGGAGUGGAAGCCCCAAGGCUGAGGUUCAGCUCUGCUACCUGGAAGCACAGAGAGAUGCUGUUGAGCAGAUGUCCCUCAAGCUGUACAGUGAGCAGUACACCAGCAGCAGCAAGAGGAAAGAAGAGUUUGCCGAUAUGUCAAAAGUUCAUUCAGUGGGAGGCAAUGGGCUUCUGGACUUUGAUUCAGAAUAUCAGGAGCUCUGGGAUUGGCUGAUUGACAUGGAGUCCCUCGUGAUGGACAGCCACGACCUGAUGAUGUCAGAGGAGCAACAGCAGCAUCUUUACAAGCGAUACAGUGUGGAAAUGUCCAUCAGGGACCUGAAAAAGACGGAGCUGCUUAGUAAGGUUGAAGCUUUGAAGAAAGGUGGCGUUUUACUACCAAAUGAUCUCCUUGAAAAAGUGGAUUCAAUUAAUGAAAAAUGGGAACUGCUCGGGAAAACCCUAGGACAGAAGAUCCAGGACACAAUGGCAGGACACAGUGGGUCUGGUCCACAUGACCUGCUCUCUCCCGAAAGUGGAAACCUGGUAAGGCAGCUGGAGGUCAGGAUCAAAGAACUGAAAGGGUGGCUAAGAGAUACGGAGCUUUUCAUCUUCAAUUCCUGCCUGAGACAAGAAAAGGAAGGAACCGUGAAUGCUGAGAAACAACUGCAAUACUUUAAGUCCCUCUGUGGUGAAAUCAAGCAGCGACGUCGUGGAGUGGCCUCCAUCCUGCGGUUAUGCCAGCAUCUUCUGGAUGACCGGGAGACUUGCAAUCUGAAUGCAGACCACCAGCCUAUGCAACUGAUCAUUGUAAAUCUCGAAAGAAGGUGGGAAGCCAUUGUCAUGCAAGCUGUCCAGUGGCAAACACGACUACAAAAGAAGAUGGGAAAGGAGUCUGAGACUUUGAAUGUGAUUGAUCCUGGCUUGAUGGAUCUAAAUGGCACGAGUGAGGAUGCCCUGGAAUGGGAUGAAACUGACAUAAGUAACAAGUUAAUUAGUUUGAAUGAAGACUCAAAUGACCUUGAUCAAGAACCCCAACCUGUCAUGCCUUCCUCAAAGCUUGAAGAGAUAGGUAGUGAGGACCCUGGUUAUGAAGAAGAGGCAGGUGACCAUGGGGGAUCUCAGUAUGCCUCAAGUAUCACUGCCCCCUCCAGUCCACACAUUUACCAAGUGUACAGCCUCCACAAUGUUGAACUCUAUGAGGACAACCACAUGCCAUUUCUGAAAAACAGUCCGAAGUUCACCGGCGUGACACAGCCUAGUGUUUUAACAAAGAGUCUUAGUAAAGACUCUUCGUUUUCAUCUACCAAAUCUUUGCCAGACCUUGUAGGAGGUUCCAGUUUGGUGAAGCCCUGCCCGUGCCAUGGAGGCGACAUGAGCCAGAAUUCAGGCAGUGAGAGUGGAAUCGUGAGUGAAGGAGACACUGAAACCACUACCAACUCCGAAAUGUGCUUGCUCAAUGUGGCGGAUGGGUCCCCAAGUAACCCUGAAACUGAACAUCUGGACCCACAAAUGGGAGAUGCAGUUAACGUGUUAAAGCAAAAAUUUAAAGAUGAGGAGGAACACAUUAAGCUUCCAAAUAGCUCUCAGUCAUCCAUUUCACCAGUGGGUUGUGCAAAUGGAAAAGCUGGAGAUUUAAACAGUGUUACCAAAUAUACCCCUGAUUGUUUGGGAGAAGAAUUACAAGGAAAACAUGAUGUGUUUACAUUUUAUGAUUACUCAUACCUCCAAGGCUCAAAACUCAAAUUACCAAUGAUAAUGAAACAGUCACAAAGUGAAAAAGCACAUGUGGAGGAUCCCCUGCUUCAUGGUUUUUAUUUUGAUAAAAAGUCCUGCAAAUCUAAACAUCAGGCUUCAGAGUUACAACCAGAUGCACCUCCCCAUGAAAGGCUUUUGGCAAGUGCUUCCCAUGAAAUGGAUCGAAAUUCAUAUAAAAGUGGUGAUGUAGAGAAGACAUUCACUGGCAUGCAGAACGGUAGACAGCUAUCCCUGUUAUCCCACAGCUCAUCUGUUGAGUCCCUUUCUCCAGGGGGUGACUUAUUUGGAUUGGGCAUCCUUAAAAAUGGUGGUGACAGCCUCCAGCGAAGCACUUCUUUAGAAAGUUGGUUGACAUCUUAUAAAAGCAAUGAGGAUCUUUUUAGCUGUCACAGCUCUGGGGACAUAAGUGUGAGCAGUGGCUCGGUUGGUGAACUGAGUAAAAGAACACUGGAUCUCCUGAAUCGUUUGGAGAAUAUCCAGAGCCCUUCAGAGCAAAAGAUAAAGCGAAGUGUUUCUGAUAUGACUCUCCAAAGCAGUUCCCAAAAGAUGUCCUUUACUGGCCAGCUAUCAUUGGACAUAGCAUCUUCAAUCAAUGAAGAUUCGCCAGCAUCUCUUACAGAACUUAGCAGCAGUGAUGAGCUCUCUCUUUGCUCAGAGGAUAUUGUAUUACACAAGAACAAGAUCCCGGAAUCAAAUGCAUCAUUCAGGAAGCGGUUGACUCGGUCGGUGGCUGAUGAAAGCGACGUCAAUGUCAGCAUGAUUGUUAAUGUCUCUUGCACCUCUGCUUGCACUGAUGAUGAAGAUGACAGUGACCUCCUUUCUAGCUCCACCCUCACCUUGACAGAAGAAGAGCUGUGCGUCAAAGAUGAGGAUGACGACUCCAGUAUUGCAACAGAUGAUGAAAUUUAUGAAGAAUGCAACUUGAUGUCAGGGCUGGACUAUAUAAAGAAUGAACUGCAGACCUGGAUCAGACCAAAGCUUUCCUUGACAAAAGAGAAGAGAAGGUGUAAUCUCAGUGAUGAAAUAAAGGGCAGUAAGGAUGUAAGUAGUAGUGAGAUGACCAAUCCCUCUGAUACCCUGAACAUCGAAGCUCUACUAAACGGCUCCAUAAAACGUCUCUCUGAAAGUAAUAGAAAUGGUAAGAAUUUAUCCCACACCCAUGAGUUAGGGACAAAGGGUGAAAAUAAGAAAAAUACUUUCAAAGUUAACAAAGACCCAUAUGUGGCUGACAUGGAAAAUGGCAAUAUUGAAAGCACCCCAGAAAGGCAGAAAGAUAAACAGAAUGGGAUUUCAAAGGAAUCAGAAAAUCUUGGUACAACAGGGAAGAAGAAUUCAGACAGUGAGCGUUGUAAGUGUAAAGUAUUUAUGGAUAGCUCAGAUGAUUCAAAUAUUCCUGGAAAUGAAUUUGUUCCCCAAACUGUUAGACAUCGUCUAAAGAAAUGUCAAAACCACCACCAUUUUGAAACUCCAACAACUGCUUUUACUCCCACCGAGAAGUCUUGCCCAGAGCUGCCUUCAGAAGCCAGAGUUAUCAAUAGACAGGAUUCCGAUAUACUGAACUCUUCUAAUGAUGCACCAAGUGUGGCUGGAAAAUCUGCUCGUUGCUGCCUAGCACUUGAACAAAACGAAACAGAGGAGAAUGUUUCUGUCAGUGACAACAUUUCCUGUUGUGACUGUGAGCCAGAUGUUUUCCAUCAGAAAGAUGCUGAGGAUUGUUCAGUACACGACUUUGUUAAGGAAAUCAUCGACAUGGCUUCAACGGCCCUGAAAAGUAAAUCUCAACCUGAAAAUGAGGCAGCUGCUCCUACCUCGUUAACUCAGAUCAAGGAGAAGGUGUUGGAACAUUCUCACCGGCCCAUCCAGCUGAGAAAAGGGGACUUUUAUUCCUACUUAUCUCUUUCAUCUCAUGACAGUGAUUGUGGGGAGGUCAGCAGUUAUGUGGAGGAGAAGAGCAGCACCCCAUUGCCACUGGACGUUACCGACUCUGGCUUAGAAGACAAGGAAGACCCUGAAUGCUUCUUUGAGGCCUGUGUUGAGGACGACCCGGAUGGAGAUGAGCCCUGCCUCUCCGGCCCUCCUCCAAAUGAGCCUGCUGUUUCCGGUGAAGCCUCUGUGCCACAAGCAGCAGCAGCUGGCUCUCCGAAGUCCAGCGACACUCCUCUCCUGGCUGAGGAGGCAGACAUGGUGGCUCUUUCAAGUCCUCCCCAUCAUGAAGAAUCUGAUGUCGCAAAGGGAGCGGAUGGCUUACCCCAAGCUACGAUCUGCGGGGAAAGCUCAGAGCUAACUACUUCCAGGCUGGGCAGUGAAAAGGAGAGUUCAGAAAACACAGGUGAAUUGGAAAGGCCAGAAGAACAUAAUGCUGCUUCAGCCAAAUCUGAAGUUCCAGAACUCUCCUCGAAGGCAAAGCAGCCAAAAGACAAGGCUGCGUUGCAUCCCAACCCCAAAACUUUAACCUGUGAGGAAAAUCUUCCAAAUCUUCAUGAAGAACAACAUAAAAAUAUGCAUAGGUAGAGUGCAACCCUCUCCACGCAUGAAAUCAUCUCAUUGAAAGAUAAGCCUGGCUGUAACUCAGGGGUGGUCUCCUAGUCCCACCCUGGGCUAGUCUGUGGUUUCAUCACGUCACUGCCAUUUGUUCCGUUGACCUCUCCCAAGAUGACUCUUCCCUCCGAAUGCGAUUUGUCCACAUGAACCUUGUGAUCUGGAUUGUGCACUGGUUUUCUUUAGGUGAUUGUCUUUGAAGUUCUCUGCAAAGCUGCUUGUUUUCCCACGGAUUCCUGUCCCGAGCUACCUCUACCAACCCCGCCUCUCCAGCGAGACUUUUCCGUUUGCCGCCUCCCUCCCCAUCUACUCUUUAAAAUUCUGCAGUCCACCAAAUCAAUGGUCCAUUAAAUUCACCUGUCUGGAAUGACCCCCCCCGCCGGUACUUGACCAAUUUCAUGUUUCAAUCUGGAUUUUUUUUUGUUUUUUAUGGUAUGAUCCCUAUGUUUAUUGAAAGAGAUUUACCUAAAAAGCCAACAUUUGAUUUGAUUGCAGCAUACAGAAGAAACACUGGUCCUUCUUUCAAAAUUAAGCAACUUGUAAAAGCGCCAUUUUAUUUAUUUUAUUUAAAAAAUAAUUAUCUAUGCAGCACUUCAAGAAACAACUAUAUGGUGUUGUAUAUUAUAAACUAGUGACAUUCUACUAUUAAAUUAUGUACAACAUUUUUGUUUUUUAUGCUUCUUGAGGUGGUAAUGAGAAAAAAGUUUUUUAAAAAAGUGUGCCUUGCUGUAUUUCUUAUACCAUUUAUUAAAAAGCUGCUUUCAUGGUAAAAUUAUGUUGGUUUGAGAGGAGGAAAUAGCAAGGUUAAGAUGUGUGAAUAAUUUCUGUAUAUAUGUAUAACCAAGUACAAACAUUGAUGUAUAAUGACAGUAUAAAAUGCUUUCAUGUUUAUGAUGUCUAGUGAUGUGGAAAAUAUAAGCCUUAAACCAUUAGAUUGCAUGGUAAUUAAAAUUGGCAUAAUAAACAUAGUUUAUUGGGGGAAAAGGAAAAUCAGUGAUCUCUUCUACCUGUGUUCUUUAGCAAAUUAUUACAUCUGAUUCUGGAAAAACUAGAACACGUAGUAGCUUCCAAAAUAUCCAUAUUGCAUAAGAGGCUUAAAAUUACUUAAACUAUACAUGAAGCCUUCAUAAUUUUCAAAAUCUUUCGAUCACUGUAAAGAUCUUGGAACACAAAUGAUUAAAUGCCAGUUCCCCUAAACCAAUAAGAACCUAUCCUAGAUUUUUUAUUUCUACUUAUCAUUAAUGGUUUAAUAUUGGAUUUCAGGCUACCUAGUUGGUCUCAUAUUUAUUUUAUGUAAUUCUUUUGAAUGCAUUUGCUAGAAAGAUGGUAGUAAAGUCUAGAAAAUUUGACUAUUUUCACUUAGACUAUAGAUUUCAGGUGUAUUUAUUUUGUUUUAAAAGAAAUUAGCUGAGAAAUAUUCCAUCUGGUCUUUAUUGCUCCUCUUAAAUGCAGUUUUUAAUUUAUAUCUUAACACCUACUAAAGUGCCUGAUACACAGUAGGUAUUCAAUAAAAAUUUACUGAAUUUAAGUAUUGAAUUAGGCAGUAUGGGCGACGUGUACCUUUUCAUUUUGAGAGACCUACACUAAAACCUAAACAACUAGGAAAAUAGGUAAUGCAAUCAUUCAUUCAAUUGCUAGAUGAUUAACACCUUUUAUCUGCAAGGACUAUUCUAGAUGUGGGGGAUGCACAGAUGAACAAAGGCCCUGCCCUUAGGAAGCCUACCUACAGCACAGAUGCGGUGAAUAUACAAGUGAGAUGCAGUAGUGUCCUGCAGGCAAGGAAGAGAGCAAAGUGGCAAAAGGGGCACAAAGCAGAAGUAGCAAAGAGGGUUAAGGCGGAAGAGAAGUGCUAGAAGGGAACAGAAAGUUAGACAAUAGAAAAUGAGUGGAGUUUUAUUGCAGGGGUAGUGGGCAAAAGGUAAACUGGGAGACUGAAUGAGGAGUCUUUGAAAAAGUUAAGUUGGAGCUUUGGUAUGUAAUAUGGUAGGUAGUAAGGAAACUGUGUAGUCUUUCUUUUGCACCUGAUUUUACUUAUCAUUAGAACAUUAGUACAACACCAAGAACAUUUAAAAAAUACUAGUCUGUAAUUUUACCAUUUUAAUAACUAUUUGUAUUGUUACGUCUCUUCUAAUCUUUUCCAUACAUAUUUCUAAAUUGAUUAAUCAUUCUAGGCUUUUGAAUAGGUAAUAGUUCAAAAGUUUUAGGCAGACAUCUAGUAGUGGUGGUCAAGAUGAUUACAGGAGGAAGAGAUUAGAGAUAAAUGGCUCAUUAGGAGACAGCUGUAGAAAAUAAGCUAGGCUUGAAAUAACAGAGGACACGGGGAGAGUGGCCCGAGAUGUGGAGAAAGAACAAAUCCUAGAGUCUUUGAAACACCUAAGAGCAUUUGGGAUCUCUGUUAAGGUAUGGUAUUAUUUUACAUAUUGAGACAACCUAAACUUUCCUUGGGUAAUGCCGAGGUCUACACCUGCUGGAACAAAGUGACCAUGAUGUUCCAUUUACCUGUUAUACGCUCAUUGAAGACCUUAAGGUAUUCAGAAUAUUUGUUAAUUACCUACUUAAUACUGAAUUUGUAAAAUGACUUCUAUUGAACAGUACUUUUUCUGGUUAGAAGGGAUGGGAUAGCUUCAAUCUCCUGCGUGUGGGCACUACCUCCCAGUCAUCCUUGAAAAUGGUCACACCAACUCUGCCUACACCUUCCAGUGAGUGAUUCGUUAUUUGUUAAGGCAAGCUGUCCUAUGGUUGGGUGUGUCUUUGUUAGAAGGUUUUUUCUUCGGCUGCUAAAAUCUACGUAGUGCUCCCUUUCCUCUGCCUUUAAUUUUGCUCCCAGUUCUUGUUCUGUCCUGAUGAGCUAUUCAGUAUUUCCACCCCUCCUUUCUCAUGGCGUCCUUGAAGAUAACUGAGGCCAAUUACUUGUCUUCUCCCAGCUGCUGUGAUUUCUGUUUUUCAUUCCCUCCAACUGCCCUUCACUUGUCAUGAUUUUCAGAUCCAUUUCAACCUGAGUGAAUGUUAGCAGACAGAAUCCUUGAAAUUGAGGAACUGUCUUUAUCAUCAUACAUGUAGAAAAAUAUCUGAACAUUUAAGUGGUUUUCUCUAAAAAUAUAUUCAAGAUAUAUGUUUAUUCUAUCAUUGUAAAUUUCAAUAAAUAAAUAAAUAAUCCAUCAUGUCCUUUAGUGGCCCAGUCUAGUGCCGGAGUCAUCUUGAAUCUUUUCCUUACAUCAAAUCCAAACCUAACCUGUUUCCAUAUAAAGCAGGGUCCCCUCCCCCAUUUAUUCAUUCAUUUAUUCAGUCAUUCAACAAGCAUUGAUUGAGUGGCUACUUGUGUGAGGCACUGUGUUUGGCAUUAGAGAUACAAAGGCAACUAGAACACAGUCUCUGCCUACAAAGGGUUUACAGUUUUCCUUGUGAAAGUGCCUUUCAUGUCCUUGAACAGAGUGAUCUCUCCAAAUUAAAUGAUGACUCAUUUAUUUCGUUUUUCUCUCUAGUCUCUCUACAUUUUCAAAACCCUAAUGAACAGAAAUAGUAUGUGGAAUUAUCUGGAUCUGACUAGAAGUGAAAUGUUUUUUCUAUUUGAAAAUUUUAAUUACAGAAAAAAAUUUCAGAUUUCUGGUCACUGAAUAAAUAUGCAUCUUACACAACAAUAGAACAAUCCAAAUUCAGGGCUUUUGAGAAUCUGAGUUUGAUGAUUUUGGUGUGUUUGGUUCAUCCAGCCUAGGUUUUAUCCAUGCUAAAAUUCCUAGGAACAAAUUAGAUGCAACUAUCAAAACACACUGAAAUAAUCCAGCUAUUUCCUAUGAGUCAAAUUAUUUUAAUUCCCAAAUGAGUUUAGUAGUAUUUUAGAAUUUCGAUGAAUACCUGAUUUUUCAAACAUCAUAUAAUUACUAUACUUCAAAUUUUUUAACUUGAACCAACUAAAUUUACAACUGUCUUUUUUCUAUAUCUUGUUUCAAUUUUUAUUUUGAAUAAUUUCAGACCUAUAUAAAAGCUGAAUGAAUUGUACAAUAUUGGCAUAGUCAUCACUCAGAUUUGUUUAUUGUUAAUAUUUUACCCCAUUAGUUUCAUCUCUCUCUACACACACACACACUUUUGUGUGAUUGAACCAUUUGAAAUUAAAUUUCAGAUCCUAACACUUCUCUAUAUGCUUCAGCCUACAUCAUCUGAGAACAAAAGUGUUAUUCUACAAAUCCACAAUACCAUCCUAACACCCAAGGAAUGUAAAAUUGAUAAGACAAUAUCUGAUAAUCUAUAUCAAAUCUAUAUUCAAAUUUCUCCAAAUGCCCUAAUAAUGUCCAUUCGCAGUUGUUAUUGUUUUAAUGCCAGAUCCAAACAAAAAUCAUUCAUUGCUUUUAGUUUUCAUGUCUUUUUCAUUUGAACAGUUUCCCUAUGCUCUUACUCUUUCUUUGGUCUUUCAUAACUGACAUUUCUGAGAAGUCAAGGCCAGUUUUAUAGAAUGGCCCACAAUCUGGAUGUUUCCAGUUUUUUUUUUUUUUUCAUUAUUCAACUCAGGGUGAACAUUUUUGUCAAGUAUAGUGCAUAGGUGAUCUUGUGUUCAAUAGCUACUGUUUAAUGAAGAAUGAAUGAGUCACUGACAUUCUUGAUAUGUCUUGAAGUUCACAAGUUACUCUUAUAGCACAUGCUUUAUUCGUUGAAGGCAGGGGUCAACAAACUACAGUUUGGGCUAAAUUGGGCACACAGCCUUUUAUUGUUUGGCCUAUGAGCUAAGAAUGAUUUUUGCAUUUUUAAAUGGUUGAAAAAAAAAACAAGAGUAUUUCAUGACAUGUGAAAAUUAUUUGAAAUUCAAGUUUUGGUGUCCAUGAAUAAAGUUUUAUUGGAACAUAGCCACACACAUUUGUUUACAUA